AUGGACAACAAUCAGGUAGUUCCUAGUUCUUUUAAUGGUAACUGGGGAAUAGGCCAACCACUUUAUAUCAGUACAUUACUCUGCGUUAAGCUGGAUGUUCUGUAUAGCUACAAAGCUACUGUUGCUGAUUGCUCGCUGUCUUUGGGAUAUGUCUGCGAGGUAGAUGCGACAUAUGAAUAUGUAGACUGGCCAGUAAUCAACUAUGAAGAUGAAGCAAUAAACUACAGAGCCAUCGGGAAUAAUUAUAAUUUUGAAAUUGCUCGUGACUACUGUAUGAGUCAUAAUUAUCAGCUAGUGAGAAUAAAUGACAUUAAAACUCAUCAGAUCCUGAAAGAACUCCUUUCCAACUCGAAUAUUACCUUCAACGGAUUAUGGGUGGGACUGACUGACGAAGAGAAAGAAAGAGUAUUUACGUUUACAGAUGGUAAGCCAGUCCCUUACCUACCUGAGCUGUGGUUGGAUGGACAACCAGAUAAUGGAGCAAAGCAUAUAGAUAACUGCGCACGAAUGAAAAGUGGGGAUUUUCUUCUGGCGGAUUGGCACUGUUCAAAAACAGAGAGUGCAAUUUGUGAAGCAUCCCAGGAAGAAAUAUUUGAAUGUAAUUCUGAAUAUACGCUGUUCAAGUCUUCCUGCUACAAAAUAUUUGACAACAAAAAGGAAUUCGAUGAAGCUGAAUCAGUUUGUGAAAGUGAAGGAGGAAUGUUAGUUAGAGUUCCAGACAGAGAAGUGUGGGAAUUUCUUAAACAACUUAUAUCAAGGGAUGAUAGAUCCUACUGGAUUGGAAUGACUGAUCAAGCACAAGAAGGAAAGUGGCUUUAUGUUAACGGGACUGAGGUACCACAAUCUUUUUUUGAUGCGGAUUUGUGGGGAGAAGAUCAACCAAAUAAUCAGAACAAUCGAGACUGCUGUUACAUGGACGAUGAUGUAGCUUUCGAAAUCAUGAUCCAAGACUGUGAAGAAGACCUACGGUUUAUUUGUGAAACUGAAGUUAAUACUGAUGAAUCAAAUUUUCAAAAUAGCGAGAAGUUCUGUCAAACUGAAUACAACGGACAUUUAGCACGAGUUCCGGAUACCGAAACUUUAGACAGGUUGAAGAAACUCAUAAAUGAAAAGAAACAAACAGACAAAGACUUCUGGAUAGGUCUAACUGACGAGGAAACGGAAGGACAGUGGAAGUUCACAGAUGGAAUUCAAGCCGAAUUUGUUCCAGAACUCUGGAGUCGCGUAGAACCGAACGACGGAGGAUCAACAAACGAAGACUGUGUCAUCAUAGAUGAUCAGAAUCAGAUGAAACUUCGGGACACGGAAUGUUCAUCAACACAUAGUUUUAUUUGUCAAGAGUUACGUGUCUUCAGUGAAGAAGGCUGUCCGUUUGGAUACAGAUUAUUCAAUAGUAGAUGCUAUAAAGUAUUUGACGAUGACACGAAAAUCUUUCACGAAUCAAAAAUGUUCUGUAAGGAAGAAGGAGGAAUGCUGGCUAAAGUCGAAAGUUACGAUAUCUGGAAGUUUCUAUACUACCAAAUAAAAGACAGUUCCAAAUCAUAUUGGGUCGGUAUCACAGACUCACAAGAAGAAGGGAUCUGGCGUUAUGUUGAUGGAAUCUUGAUGUCAGACUCACUAAAGAAGGCGAGUGUUUGGUGGCCUUACCAGCCUGACUACAUUUAUCCUGAUGGAGAUUGCGCUGCUAUGGAUAGUGCGUUAUCUUUCAAAUUAUGUGAUCGAAUAGAAAAAAAGGAGAACGACUUCAAGAAUAUUGAUGAUGAAGCUGUUCCAAACUUGCCUGAAAUCUGGUUAGAUGGAGAACCAAAUAAUGGAGGAACUCACGUUGAAAACUGUGCCAUACUCAGCGGAGAUCCGUAUCUUCUUGCUGACUCAAUCUGCUCUCGAAACUGUUUCGGAGUGUGCCAAGGACCACAGGAUUCUUCAAAUUCUUGUCCAAACGCAGGAAAACAAUAUCAAAAUAUGUGUUAUUAUCUGAACACCAACAAAACCAGUUUCUGGGAAAGUAACAGCUUUUGCCAAACAAAUUACAAUGGAAGCUUAGUAAACAUUGCAAAUGGUGGAAUUUUGGCCAAUCUUCAUAGUUUGAUUGAAGAUAGAGGACUGAAAGGGGAGGACUUCUGGGUUGGGUUUACAGAUGAACAGAAAGAAGGAGACUGGAAAUAUGUGGACGGAAACAAGAUAGAUUUUGUACCAGAACUGUGGCACUUACAAGAGCCUGACGAUGGAGGGAUUAAUGAUCAAGACUGUGUAAUUAUUAAUGACCAGAACCAGAUGAAACUUAAAGACACAGAGUGUUCAUUAAAAUACAAUUUUAUAUGUCAAGAAUUCCGUGUUCUCAAUGCCGAAGGAUGUCCGGAAAAAUACAAGCUCUUCGAUACUACCUGUUAUCGAGCUUUUCCUUAUCUUCAGAAGAACUUUACUGAAGCCAUUCUGUUCUGUGAAGAAGAAGGAGGAAAGUUAGUUAAAAUUGCUAGCUAUGAUAUUUGGGAAUACCUACGUACUGAGGUCUUGGGGACUGGACAAACAUUUUGGGUUGGAAUGUCAGAUAGGGCUGAAGAAAGUGUGUGGCGUUUUCUUGACGGUGAGCUGGUGCCAACGUCUUUUGAAACUUCAGGAAUGUGGCAAGAUGGCAACCCUGAUAAUUACGGAGGUGUAGAACACUGUGCAGAUAUUAGUCAUAUAAGUAACUACAAGCUACAAGACGAUCGGUGUAAUUAUAAGUUCGGAGUGAUUUGUGAGAUCGACGUGAUAGAAGUAUGUGGUAUUCUUGUUCUGAGAGCCAUAAGUACAUUCACCACACUACUGCUGGGAAUUGUGGCCGCUUUUACGUUUAUGUGUAGCACUAUCAGAUUUGUUGCAGGAUAA